AUGGAGAAGUGGAAACAUGUUUCGUUAUGUAAAGAGGAAGAGGAAGGGAUUACAAUGGCAAGUGAAGAAGUUUGUGAUGGGGAAAUUUUUCAACGAACUUUAGCGGGGAAGUUGUGGACUGACAACCAUUUCAACUCCAGAGCUUUUAUGAGUACGGCGAUUAAUGCUUGGAAACUCAAAAAUCCAGUUGAAUUGCAGGAACUUAGUAAAAAUGUUUUCCUUUUUAGAUUUACAACAAAGAGGGAUCUGGAAAAUGUUCUCAGAAAUGGUCCACGAAGCUUUGAUAGAAAUCUUCUUGUCUCAGAAAGGAUUUCCGGGGGGGGGGGGGGGCAACCAUCAUAUCUCAACAUGCACUAUGGAGUAUUCUGGGUCAGAAUUUAUGAACUACCCCUUAUGUUACACUCGGAGGCUAUGGCAAAGAAGCUGGGUGGAAUCCUUAGAAAGUUUGAAGAGGUAGAUCACAAAGAAGUCCAUAGGAAUAGGCGGUUCCUCAGGAUUAAGGUCACAAUGGAUCUGAAGAAACUGUUGAAAGGAGGAAUAAUUGUCCAUUUCAAAGAGAAGAAUCUGAGAGUUCAUUUCAAAUACAAACGUCUUCUAAGUUUAUGCUUUGUUUGUGGAAGAAUUGGCCACCAACUCAAGGACUGUGAAGGUUUAGGGAAAAUAGGUGAGGAAAGUUUUGAAGAUAUUGACGAACAAGAGUUGUCCUUUGGUCUUUGGCUUCGUGCAUCUCCCUUGCCAAAAGUGACGGAAGAACAAAAAAAAAGAGAAUCUAGUUCGGGCAAUUGCAGCAAUAACCUUUUUAACAACUCUUCGAGCUACAAAAAAUGCGAUAAUAGAAGGGAAGGGAAGGAUGGAGAAGAGGUGGAAGUUGAACAACAAGCUGGAAAUACUUUUUCUGAGGAGGUGAAUGUGGAAGCUAGUCCCACCAAACAACCUGGGGAUUGCCUCGUAAUUGAAGUAGUUGCUGAGUCCUUGGGGGCCAUUGACAUUUCCAACAUGAGGAAUGAGAAAACUUCAACUAUCAAAGGGAAAACCACCAAGAGGAAGAAGUGGACUAGGCAGAAGAGGACAAUGAAAGGGUAUGAUAAUUGUACUAAAAACUUAGAAGUUGAGACCGGGAAGAGACAAUUGGUGGAAGUGAUGGUUACUGAAGGUGAAAUUGAAGAAUGUGAAAGCAUUGACAAAAAGAGGAAGAACUUGAUUUAA